AGAUCUCCUCCUCCCUCACUAUAUAUGUGUAUAUUCUAGAGAGAGAAAGUAAUGAAGAGAGAUGAGUGAGAGUCUGUUCCUCUCUCCAUCUUUUAUGGCGUGAGACCUUCACCUUACUCUCUGUACACUAACAUACACAUAUACAUACACUCUGUGUAUGCAUUCCUCCAUCUUUGCAUGCUUCACCAACCUCAAAAAUUUCCCAAAAAACCCAAAUCAUAUUAUGAUCAACAUGAUGAUUAUUGCAUCAUAACCUAGUCAAAAGAUUAUUCCCAGAUGGAAAAAAGGGGGUAAUUGUUAUGGGUUUUUUCAUUUUCAUUAUUUAUAGUGGUUGUUGAUCAUUUUCUUGAUGUGGGUGCUUUAAAGUUUUGAAAUUUAUUUAUAUUUUGUUGUUUUCAAGAUUUCUUGUUUGUUUGUUGUGUUGUGGAUGAUGGUUGAGAGAGUUGGUAUUAUUGAUAACAUGAAGGAUGAUGAAGAGCUUGAAAUGUUGUUGGGUGAGAUCCCUCAUGCAACAUCACUUCAUCAUCAUCCAUCAUAUGCUAAUGCCCAUUAUCAUCAUCAUCAUAUGUAUGGUAUGUAUGAUGAUGGUGAUUCAUCAUCAUCAUCACAUAUUGUUUCAAGAAACCCCUGUUUUGAACUGCCCCAUUCAUCUUUAGGGAAGGAAGUUGAUGGAAAUUUGAUUGAUGGACUUAGUAGAAUGUAUAUAAAUCAUGAUCAAAAUCAGGGUUUACAUUGCGUUAAUCGAAUCCGUUCGACUUCAUUUAGGGAUUCCGGUUAUCUUGCAGCUAACCCUUAUUUUUCAAGAAUCCCCAUGAAUUACGAGCAAUCGAAUUUCGAUAGGAGUGUGUUGAAUUAUUGUUAUCAAUCAGGGAUUGCUGCUUCAAAAGGUAAGGUUAACCCGAACCAUGACUCUCAUUGGUUCCACAUGGCGGCUGACGGUUCAAGAAUCACUCGUGGGGGGUUCGGGUUCGGGGUCGGGGUCGGGCAUGGGCUCGAGGGUUUAGCCAGGGAGGAUAGUUUGAUCAUUCAAGGUGAAGAUGUAAGUCGAGUUAGGAAGAAGUUCAUUCGACCUAGCGAAAAUGGUCAAACUCAUUUGAGCAAUGGUCAACAGUAUAUAUUUGCAAUGGCUAAAGAUCAACACGGGUGUCGGCUUCUGCAAAAGAUUUUCGAUGAUGGAAACCCGCAACAUGUACAAACUGUGUUUAACGAGAUCAUAGGGCAUGUGGUCGAGCUUAUGAUCAACCCGUUUGGGAAUUACUUUAUGCAGAAGCUUUUGGAAGUUUGUAAUGAAGAACAGAGAAUGCGGAUAUUGAUCGCAGUUACUCGAGAACCGAGGGAACUUGUUCAAAUUUCGUUGAAUACUCAUGGAACUAGGGUGGUACAGAAGCUUAUAGAGACUCUGAAGACUAGACAGCAAAUUAAGCUUGUUAUAUCUGCUAUCGAACCGGGCUUUCUUGCUCUUAUAAAGGAUCUCAACGGGAAUCAUGUUAUUCAGCGUUGCUUGCAGUGUCUCAGCAAUGAAGAUAAUAAGUUCAUCUAUGAAGCUGCUGCAAAAUUCUGUGUUGAAAUAGCAACCCAUCAACACGGAUGUUGUGUAUUACAAAGAUGCAUCAAUCACUCGACUGGCGAGUACCGUGAAAAAUUAGUCUCGGAAAUAUCAAAAAAUGGCAUCCUUCUUGCACAAGAUGCAUACGGAAACUAUGCUGUACAGUACAUUCUUGAGCUGCAGAUUCCAUCGGCUGUGUCGAAGCUGACCUCUCAGUUUAAGGGUAACUAUGUGCACCUUGCCACCCAAAAGUUUAGUAGCCAUGUAGUCGAGAAAUGUUUAGCCGUGUUAGAUGGUCAAUUCAGGUCAACCAUCAUCCGUGAACUGAUCUCGGCUACUCAGUUUGAACAAUUGCUUCAAGAUCCACAUGCAAAUUAUGUUAUACAAACCGCCCUUCGUGUUUCUGAGGGCCCGCUUCAUAACUCGUUGGUAAAUGUGAUUGAAUCCCACAAGGCAAUCUCACGAAACAGCCCGUACUCGAAGAGGAUUUUCUCCCACAAGCUUUUGAGGAGGUGAUUGUAUGAUGAUAAUGUUGUUGUUUCUUGUGUCUAUAAUGGGUCGGGUCAUCUUAGCAACCACUUGUGUCAUCGAUAACAGUAUAUUUGUCUUUCUACAUCGCGCUUUCGGGGUCAUAGAUAGAGAGGUAUGGCUAAUUUUGGGUUCAAGUUGGUUAAAUGUAAGCUCUCUUAUGUUGUCUAUGUAGCUUUUGGAUUUUCUUUUUUGGUGUAUGAAUGAACUAGAGAUUGCGAAAUAGUCUGUUUAGACAAUACUCA